UGUCAGAAUGUCACUAAUGACGCCGUUAUAGCGUUUUAUUUUUGGUUAUCUGCAACAAUUUCAAAUGUUUUCUAUCAUUAAAAAGAAUUAAUUUCGUUUUUCCUAUCUACCUAAAAAGUUCUUAAAGGAAUUAACAAUGGACUUCCAAAAUAGACCUGGUGGUAAAACCGGGGGUGGGGGCGUAGCCUCUUGGUCCGAAAGCAACCGAGAUCGACGCGAAAGGCUUCGUCAACUAGCUUUGGAAACUAUUGACUUAAAUAAAGACCCAUACUUUAUGAAAAAUCAUUUGGGGUCUUAUGAAUGCAAACUUUGUUUAACUCUUCAUAACAACGAGGGAAGCUAUUUAGCACAUACGCAAGGUAAAAAACAUCAAGCUAAUUUGGCUCGGAGAGCUGCCAAGGAGGCCAAAGAAGCACCACAACAACUGGCACCCGAAAAACCAAGAAUCGAGCCUAAGAAGUUUGUGAAAAUUGGUAGGCCUGGUUAUAGAGUAACAAAACAAAAAGACCCUGAUAGUGGCCAACAAAGCUUGCUUUUUCAAGUUGAUUAUCCAGAAAUUGCUGAAGGUGUGCAGCCAAGACAUCGCUUUAUGUCUGCUUAUGAGCAGAAAAUAGAGCCCCCAGACCGCAGGUGGCAGUACCUGCUCUUUGCCGCAGAGCCUUAUGAGACUAUAGCAUUUAAAGUGCCAAGUCGCGAGGUAGAGAAGCAUGACACCAAGUUUUGGACUCACUGGAAUAAGGAUACAAAACAAUUCUUUUUGCAAUUUGCAUUUAAAAUUGAACCUUUACGAAUGCCACCAUCCCAUCCCAAAUUAUGGGAGAAUCAUGGCAUCAGAUUACCUCCUCCUCCUGGUGCUCCUCUUAUGGGAGUACCUCCUCCUCCACCUUUACUACCAGUACCACCACCUCCACCAUCUAUGUAAAUAUGAGCAAAGAUAUCUUGAUAAGUGUGUAAUAAUUAAUAAAUAUAUUUCUAAAGAAAUGG